AUGGCUCGUACCAAGCAAACCGCACGUAAAUCUACCAGUGGAAAGGCUCCACGCAAGCAGUUGGCAACCAAGGCCGCUCGUAAGAGUGCACCUGCUUCGACGGGUGGAGUCAAGAAACCCCAUCGUUACAGACCGGGUACCGUCGCUCUUCGUGAAAUCCGUCGUUAUCAGAAGAACACAGAAUUGCUGAUCCGUAAGCUACCAUUCCAACGCCUAGUUCGAGAAAUUGCUCAGGAUUUUAAAACUGAUCUUCGAUUUCAGUCAGCAGCGAUCGGCGCUUUACAGGAAGCCAGCGAAGCUUACUUGGUUGGCCUGUUUGAAGAUUGUAACCUUUGCGCUAUCCACGCAAAACGUGUCACCAUCAUGCCAAAGGACAUGCAGCUAGCUCGUCGUAUCAGAGGCGAACGGUUUGUAGCAAUUGAAGCAAGAAUAAAACGAUUAAAAUUGAGAAAACCAAACCAAACUGCAACGGCGCGUUCUGGGUGCGUCUGGGCCAAGAGCAAACUGAGUAAAAUGGCUCGUACCAAGCAAACCGCACGUAAAUCUACUGGUGGAAAGGCUCCACGCAAGCAGUUGGCAACCAAGGCCGCUCGUAAGAGUGCACCUGCUUCGACGGGUGGAGUCAAGAAACCCCAUCGUUACAGGCCGGGUACCGUCGCUCUUCGUGAAAUCCGUCGUUAUCAGAAGAGCACAGAAUUGCUGAUCCGUAAGCUACCAUUCCAACGCCUAGUUCGAGAAAUUGCUCAGGAUUUUAAAACUGAUCUUCGAUUUCAGUCAGCAGCGAUCGGCGCUUUACAGGAAGCCAGCGAAGCUUACUUGGUUGGCCUGUUUGAAGAUUGUAACCUUUGCGCUAUCCACGCACAACGUGUCACCAUCAUGCCAAAGGACAUGCAGCUAGCUCGUCGUAUCAGAGGCGAACGAGCUUAA